AUGGAUCAUGAGCUGGAUACCCCGGGCCAGGAGGUCCAGGUUAUUGACCCGGAUGUGCGUGGCUAUGUAUACAGCCUGGUCACUGCAUUGGGAGGGUUCAAUGGUGAAGAUGCGGACAAAUAUGUGCUUGGAGAUGAUGCACUAGCUUGUUUACGCGAUAUCAAACGAUGGCUGAAGCUCUAUGAUGAGAAAAAUAACCGAAUGGACGUGGCGCGAUGUCUUGGAGAGGCAAAUCUCGUAAAUGGAGAUCUACUACCAAUCCUCACAGUAUGGUGGACUAGUGGGCAGAAAAGCAAACAUAUGACAAGAGUUGCUUUGGCAUGUUUGGAACUCCUCGUGCCCUUGACUUGGCCGGUCGAGUUUCAUAGCCAAAUGACCGUGAAUCACCACCGCCACACCCCAUACAUUCAGCAAGCACAAGUUCAAUACAAACGUGGUAUCCUGAAGUAUGGCGGGUCGAAUCUUUUACGUACUACCAUCCGAAUCGCACUCCCCAGCAUGGCCAUUCCUCGAUCGGAACGCGAGGCCCGAGACGACGGUAUUCUGAAAUUGAUGCUUUAUUUCAUACGCAACGUCGUCAUGAUUACAAGCAAUACUCGCCUCGCGGCGGAAGGUGACGAUGAGGAAACAUCCAGAUCCACGACGAUCAAUGCGUUCAAAGAGCAGGAUGCUUUUGCCCUUCUCCUGACUAUGUGCUCCAAUGUCGGUGAAGAUUUCAACUUACAAGAUGUUGUUCUAUUGGAAACGCUCUUCCACAUUGUCAAGGGUGUCAAUGUAGAGAAAUUAUUUUUGGAUGAGGAACAAAAGAAGGCCAAGCAGACAGAUGAACUAGGCGAUCUUCUACGAAAAGAAACGGUAGUACGGAGACAGUACGCAAAAAAUGCACCUACUCGACAUGGAAGAUUUGGGACUAUGAUCUGGGUAAAACGAGAUGAUGCGAAAAUGUCGACAGUCUCUGGGCAGGAUGUUUUGCGGGACGACCAAACCACUCUCCACAAAAUGGACCAGUCCAAGAAGUGGAACAAGCCUCAAUCCCGUCGGCGGCAAGAAGAGGUUUCUCAGCUCAAUAAUUUCAACAUGACUACUCAUCUCACCCCAUCAGCUUCUAAAGACCUACGGAAUUUUGUGGAAGAGUUCUUAGAUUCCGGUUUUAACCCUCUGUUCACUCAUGUACGAAAAGCCAUCGAGCGCGAAGCAGAGCGGGUUCUGGAUAUCAAUGUUCGUCAAUUCUUCUAUACAAUCGGCUGGUUCCUUGACGCAGAGCGAGCUCGAAGGACUCGGCAAUUAAGCCAACGUUCCAAGGAAGGAAAAUCAGCCAAGAAUGUUGAGCCAGACAGCUUUGGCCUAGUUGCUGGAGUACUGAAUCAAGAAAUGUUUAUUUCAUUGAACCGAGCUAUGCAGAAUAGCUUGGAUAAUAAGGAGUGGGAAGACUUGACUGCUCAGAUGCGUUGCUUCACGCAGAUCUUGCUGACUGUCCAAGAAAUGGCUGUAUCGCCAAUCGAAGAUGACCAGGAAAUCGCCGAAAACAUACAAAACCGAAUCUUUUACGAAGAAACGACUCAUGAUCGAAUCAUUGCCAUUAUCCGUGGCUACAAGGACCAAGGCUUUGGCUAUCUGGAUGCAGCAACAGAGCUAUCACAUGUGUUCUUGCGAAUGCUUGAGCGCUACUCCAAGGAGAAUGCCGACAUGCAGGUUCGGUCACGACGCAAGGCCGCCAAGCGCAAAAAUAAGGCCGAACAGGAUGCUGAGCAAGAUGGAGCCGAAAAUAACGACCAGAAAUCAGAGGACGAGGACCUGGAGGAUGCAGCGCAAGUGGUCAAGGAACGUGCUUUCGAUUUCAAGCGCUUCGCAGCCAAGUUCUGCAAUCAGAGUUGCGUUGACACUUUUAUCGCCUUCACAGAAUUCUAUAGGGAAUUGAAUGCCGAACAAUUGAAACGAGCGCACCGUUAUUUCUAUCGGCUUGCAUUCAAGCAAGAGAUGACCGUACUCCUCUUUCGUUUGGACAUCAUCAGUCUCUUCUAUAGGAUUGUCAAAGGGCCAGAGGGGCUAGACUCCACACAAUCCGUUGUCAAAGAAUGGGAAGAACUGGUUCGGCAAAUCAUUCGGCGGCUAAUCAAGAAGCUAGACCAACGUCCUGCAUUGGUCACUGAGCUUCUGUUCAGUAAGAUGACAUCAACUGCUUUUUACCUAGAAUAUGGACAUGAGAAACAGACUAUGUCUAGUGUCAAACGGGCACCGGCUACGCUGGAAUUCACCUCAAAAGAAGAUAUAACAACAGAAGCUAGGCUGGGGAUUGUCACCGGAGCUCUAGCCCUUGAUGGGCGAGGUGAUCUUGUGCAAUGGGUUCUUGAUGGACUGAGCAAAGCCGCAUCUGAAAGAGAAGCAUGGGAGGCUCAAGACGAAGCUCGUCGCGCCGAGGAUCCUGAGGCGACCAACACUUCUCACCCCUUAAUUCAUGUGAAAGCUCGGGACGAGUUCUGCCAGAACGCCAUGUUCUCAAAUGCACAACUUCGCCUUCUCAUGAACGUCGUCGGAUUUGAACGACUCGGAGUAGAAGAUGUUCCGGGUGCUUCUUGGGUUAUUCCGUCCGCGAUGUCAUCGCAGGAGUUGAAGGAAAGUAUUGCCACCAUUAGCAAAGCCCUGGCAAAUCCAAUCGAGGAAGGCAGUAUAGAAGACCCUCGGCAGCUCCUUCGUCGUAAGGUGAACACAAACACUAUUUUCGCUCCAGAAGUUGUUCACUUUGGAUCCGACUCCGAGGGUGAAGACACUGUCCCAGAUGGACCCCUUUUCCCUCCAAACCCACGCUCCAAAUCCAGUGCACUGAACGAAUUGAAGAAAAAGCGCAAGAAGAGAAACAAGGAUGAUGCCGAGAAAGAGCCUCUUGAUGAUGAAAUUCUGGAUGCUCGUCGCGAAUCACGCCUUGCAAAUGCUUUAGCUCGCCAAUCGAAGAUCAAGAGCGAUCUGUUUAUCCAUGCUAGUGACGAGGAAAGUGACGACGAAGCGGACCAAGAAUUCUUUCGACUUGAGGAAGAGCGGCGAAAGACGCAAGCAGCAAAUAUCAAGAGAGCAUUGCUUGUUGGAAGGGAGGAACAAGCUACCAAAGGCAAAAUGCCAAGUGUGCGCAAGCGCAAGAGUGAUACAGGAAAAUCUUCUGCGACAGCCGAGCCCAAACGACAACGGCGUGGAUCGUCUGCGAGCGAUAUCGGCAGUGACGAAGAUGAAGAUAGUGACGUUGUUAUGGAAGAUUUGGAUGCUCGGUCCAAGCAGGAUGUUACAUCAAAUCAUGAUGAUGAGUUCGAUUUUGAUGAUGAUCUUGUCUUCCGUCGAGACCGAGUAAAACCAGCUGAAAUUAUUGUGGAAGACGAGGUUGAAGAUGCUCCUGUGGCAUCAUCUCGGCGCAUGCGCGGCGGGUUUGUAAUCGAAAGUGAUUCCGAGUAG